GCGUGGCUGCCCUACCUUCUUUCUGCUUCGAACAGUGGCAAGAGAGAGAAGAGGGGAGAGAGAGAGUGCGGCGGAGGCGAUGGCGAGCGGAGGGAAGGGGCUGAACGCGACCGGGGAGUUCUUCCGGCGGAGGGACGAGUGGAGGAGGCACCCGUUGGUGGGGAACCAGCUGCGCCACGCCACACCGGGGCUCGGCAUCGCCAUCGUCGCCUUCGGGAUCUACCUCGUGGGCGAGGCCGCCUACAACCGCAUCUACCGCCCCUCCGGCGACCACCACCACUAGGUGGCCGGCCGGGGUCCGUGACUCCAAGGUAAAGUAGCUGGAGCAAACUUUAUCAACUUCAUCGGUGUUGUUUUUCUUUUACCCGUUUGAGCUCAUAAGGUCAACCAUGACCAUCUAGUUUGUAACCAUGGAGUCAACCGCUCUUAAAACGCUGUGCUUUUAUGGCAUUUGGGAAUGGCAUUGCUUUUGUAAUACUCAACUCAUGCAAAUCUGUUGUAUGCAUGUAUGAUUUCUGAAGUGUUCAUCCGAACUCAUUCAGAGCUGAUAUAUGUGAAAUUGGCAGUUUCAAUC